AUGGCAGCAGCACAAGUCGGGGCCAGGCACCUCUGGCUGGGGCUGGCGAACAUCAGGGAGGCGGAGAAGAGGCAGCUGCUGGACCUACCCAUCUCCCAGACGUCGCUCUUCGGCAAGUUGUACUGUGGAGAAUCGGGACUUGGCCAUUCAGAGUGGGUUGGAGAAAUAGCCAACUUUAUAUCAUCUCUGAGCACGAGGUUGAAACAAGAUGGCGAGCCUUCCCUGGACCUUCUGAACUACAUCCAUCUGAGAGUUAACACCCUCUGUUGGACUGAACUCAUACUCCUUCUGAACUGGUAG